AUGAGCAGCCCUACCGUCGGGUCCCUUCUGGCUGCCAUUGCGACACUCGUCAGCGAUGGCCUGCGUAUCUUGAAGUUCGCCGAUAAGCGCCAAUGGGGACCUGACGAGCACGAGCAAUUGCGCCUGCUGGAGGAUACUCUCGACGACGCCAAGAAGGACUUUCAGGAGCUAUCCGUCCUUGUCAACGGACAGCGCUAUUAUAUGAACGACCGCAAACCUCCGUCAAUAGCCGAGUUGCGAGCUUUACAGUCCAAGGUUGAGCAUCAUAUCGACAACUUUAAAGAUUGGGCGAGAACAGGCGGACCGAUCAAUCCGGUAUGGGCACGAGAAACGACGCAACUGCGCCGCGAACUGCAUCGCGCACAAUGCCGAGCGGCUAGGAGGAUAUUCGGGGCAGAGCAAGAGGCCUCGGCAAGAUGCCUGGGCGCCUUUCUCGUCUACAGAAAACAGCGGGAAUGGCAGAGUCGGCCAGCUACUUCGGAGGAGGAGCACCACCGACGACACGUGGAAGAGGUAGUAGCAUGCAACACGAGUGGCAAGUUCGAGCGGUUUGGCGACGGAGGCAUCGCAUUCGUUUGCGACUUUUGCGACGGCCAUCUUGUAUGGGAGGACUUGGAGAGCAUGCCAUCAUUACGGACAGCCGAAGAAUCCAGCACGCGCCCAGUACCGCCUAUUUCGCCCAUGACCGGGAUGCCAAAUUGGCAGGCGACCGGGUUCACCGCCGAUAAACGAAGAGAGGAGAAGACGGUCAUAUUUGCGCCUCUAGCAAUAGCGAAUCAUAUGGCGCCGUAUCAGGGAGACUGGGUAGCUCGACUCCUAUGUCCUUUCUGCGAUGAGGCGCCAUAUACCGAGGCAGGCGGUGAUAGCGACGAUGAAAUGCGGAAUGCCCAGGACGAAUCCGGUUUCGAAGAUCUCCAGGCCUUCCAGGAGCACCUGGAGUGGCAACACACAGCUGCAUCGAUACCCGCCGUCCCCUUGCCCAAGGCAGCCAAGGACUGCGUGGUGAUGUGA